AUGGUUGCUGCUCGUCUGCCAGUCGAAGACCUGGAGAAACACCCACAGUUGGCUCGUGACAUCAAAAAAACCUGCAGAAUAAGACGAAAGACUUGGCUACGUCGCUCGAGAAGAGCAUUCCAGUCGAAGAAAAACCUGCGACAAGGCCAGGAAUCGAUCAAUUCGAAGAUUGCCCUGCUGAAGAACGCCCUUGUUGAAUCGCAAGUCGACCCCGCACAAACAAGUGCCGCCUUGGAAUUGAUCACCGAUGAAGCCAAGAAGUUGAGAGACGAGGCAGAAGAACACAAGAUCAACGUCGCUCAGACGAAUGCCUUCGUUACGCACGACGAUCUCGACGGAUCUCUAGUUGAACAGGUCGCUGAGUUGCAGAACGACAUCCAAGAGAAGAAGCGUCUGCAAGCCGAAACGGAGAAGGUUCUUGAGUUAGCCCCGAAGGUCGAACUCAUCUCCCAGUCUCUACAAUCGAUGCCGAGUCAGCUUCCAACCACGCUGGACGAACAACAAACGCUGUUGGAAGAUAUGGAGAUCAAGAAACAGAAUCUCCAGAACCUGAUUUCGUCGAUGAACGAUGCUCCAGCGGCCGAGGAACUCAAACAGAAGAGCGAGUGGGACUUGUCCCGGAUCAAAGACCUUCUCCAGCAGCUUGGAUCUGCUGUGGGAGAUAAAUUGGCCGCUCUUGCUGCAUUCAACGCGGCUCGCAGAGAAGCUGAGGAAAAGCUCCUGACCAUCACGGCUGAUGCGACUGACAAGCCUCUAACCGCAGAACAAGCCCAAGCUGACGAAAACGCCAUCGCUGCCCUCGAGGAGCACAUCAAGACGCUGUCGGUUGAAGAACUCGACGAGAAUGAACGUCGGGAAUACGCAGAUUUGCUGGCACGUCUUCAAAACGCUUCGCAAGUCCUUGAGGUACGAAUUUAUUUUGUUCAAAUCGUUCAUUUCGUGGAUUCGAUCCGAAAAAGCGUAUCAUGUGAAUUCCAAUGUUCUGUGCAACCUUUCUCUCACAAAAAUAUUCGAGUCGAAAACAUGGAGUUUUUUUUCAAAGAAACCUUAUUUAAAAAGUGGCAUUUUUUUGUAUGAAAUGCGCAGAAUUGA